ACAGACAUUACAACAAUUAAAACUUUCUUAUUCUUGUCGUGCUAGAUUUUUUUUUUUUUCCAAGUACUUCUUGGCUGACAGAUAUUAGAUUUGAGUCAUGCCAGCUCAUGGUUCCUGUAUUCCUUCACCUUGCUUAGCUUGCUGGGGCUAUUUCUUUGCCUUUAACAACCUCUUCGCUCUUUCUUCAAUUUCUCCAUUAGAGGACCACUGUUACUACUACUAGUAGUACCACCGUUACUGUGCUGCUGCUUAUCCGUUAUCCCUUUCUUCUCCAUAGUCAAGGGAGGUGGUCAGCUGUGUUUGUGUGUGUGUGCGUUUGUACCAGGAGGAUCUAUGGCUACUGAGGUUUCUGUAACUGAUCAGACAGCUGAUGAGCACAUUGAGGAGAAGACAGUGAGUGAUGAUAUAAAGAGUGUUGAUGUGGAGAGCGUCGUUACUCAACCAAGUGAAGCUGAACAUAAAAAUGAGGGAGAGAAGACCAAAGUGGAGGAUUCAGCAAAUUCUGAAGCAUUAGUAACUGAAGAGAAAAAGGUGGAUGACAAGGUUGAUGCUGUGGUUGAAGAACUGAAAACAGGGGAAGUAGAGAAUAAGAUAGCUGAAGCAGAUGAUAAAGCUGAAGCUGUGAUUGAAGAGGUUAAAAAGGAAGAAACUGAACCAGAGGAAAAAUUGGAUUAUAAAUUUGAUGCUGGUGAUGGUUCAGAUAAAGUGGAAAAUCCUCCACAGGGAACAACAGAUAUCUCCAAUAUUGCCUCAGUAGUUACUACCGAAACUGAGGAGAAAGGACUAGAAACCAAACCGGAUGAAUUGAGCAUUCCUGAGCCACCAGUUGAAGUACCAGAAAAGCCAGUUGAAGCAGAAACAGAGCCUCCGAAAGAGCCAACUGUUGUUCCAGUGGUUUCGGUGCCUGUAAGUGUAACUACUGAAGAGACACAAGAAGAGUCUCCAGUGAUCACUGGGACAGAGGUUUCAGUGCCUGUAACAGAAGUUAAACCAGAAGAGCCCCAAUUGAUUGCUGCCACUGAUGAUGUUUCAGUGCCAGCAACAGAAGAUGACAAAGAAGAGUCUCCAGUGAUCGCUGGGACAGAGAUUUCAGUGCCUGUAACAGAAGAGAAACAAGAAGAUCCCUCAGUGGUUGCUGCUACUGAUGUUUCAGUGCCUGAAACUGAAGAUAAACAAGAGGAACCCCCGGUGGCUCUUGCAACCAAGGUUUCAGAGCCGGUAACAGAAGAGAAACAAGAAGAACCCCCAGUGAUUGCUGCCACUGAGGUUUCAGUGCCUGUGGUAGAAGAGAAACAGGAGGAGCCCUCAGUGGUUGCUGCCCCUGAGGUUUUAGUGCCUGAAACAGAAGAUAAACAAGAAGAUCCCCUGGUAGUUACUGCCGCUGAGGUUUCAGUGCCUGAAACAGAAGAUAAACAAGAGGAGCCCCCAGUGAUUACUACAGCUGAGGCUUCAGAGCUGGUAACAGAAGAGAAACAAGAAGAGCCACUACUGGUUGCUGCCCCUGAGGUCUCAGUGCCUGAAACAGAAGAUAAACCAGAAGUGCCCCCAGUGAUUUCUGACCCCGAGUUUUCAGUGUCUGAAGCAGAAGUUAAAUCAGAUGAGACUUCAGUAAUUGCUGUCCCAGAGGUUUCAUUGCCUAAAACAGAAGUUAAACUGGAAGAGUUCCCAGUGGUUGCUGCCACUAAAGUUCCAAUGUCUGUAACAGAAGAGAAAAAAGAAACCCUGACAGAGAAGACAUCUGAAGCUGUUGAAAGUGUAGCUGAGAGGAUCACUCCUGCUGAGACCUCUAGAGACUUUGUUGUGGAGACAGAUUCAGGACUGAAGGUUGGUGAAUCAGAAAACAAGAAAGAAAAGACCAACAAAGCUGAUGAUCAAAAUGCAGAAGCACCUGCUAAAGAUGACAGUGAUACCAAGGCAACUGUGGGGGCUCCUAAAGAUGAGCCUCCCACUAAACCUCAUCGCCAAUCAAACAACAUAAUUUCCAAGGUGAAGCAAUCCAUUGUGAAGGUAAAGAAGGCUAUCAUUAGAAAAUCUUCAAGCUCAAAGGCCAUCUCAAUGGAAAACAAAGAUGAGAUAACAGUAAAAUAAUCCAGACAGGAGUUUGGUAUUCUAGGUGGUUUUUAUUUUUUAUUUUUUAACUAAAACUGUAAAAUUCUCAUUUGGUAUUUGUGGUUGGUCAUGCAGUAUUUGAUGUAAAUUUUAUAUGAACUAUGUGUGUAUACAUAUUGUUGCAUCCACUGCUGGUGCAUGGCCUCUUGCCGGGAAGGACUUGGUGAAGCUAUGCGACCUUUGCAUCAUAGCUGCGAAGAUAUGAAGGAUCUUUUGUUUGUAUUGUUUUUAAUUUUUUAAUUUUUGAGCUGGUGUGUUUGUAUUGGCUUUGUAAUGUUUCAGACACUUUUUAUAGAUAUAUGAUGACAUUCUUUGUAUGAAUGCAA